AUGGGGAAAGAGGAGUGCAAAACAAUGCUGGACGCUUUGAACAAAGUGACCGCCUGCUACAGGCAUUUGGUCAUCGCCCUGGGAAGCACCUCGGACUCGCAGAACCUGCGGGAGGAGCUGAAGAGGACCCGCAAAAAGGCCCAGGAGCUGGCUGUGGCCAACAGGACUAAACUGACCUCUCUGCUCAAAGACAAGACCAUCAGCAAAGAGGACCGGGCCGAGUACGAGCGCCUAUGGGUGCUUUUCUCGAGCAGUAUGGAGCUCCUGGAGGUGGACAUGAAAAGGUCCCUGGAGAUAGGACAGGAUUUCCCCCUCAAGGUGCCGACGAGACACCUCAUCCAGACCGGGAUGACCGGGAGCACCACCGGCGUGGCGUCCCGGGCUAUGAGCGUGCAGAACAUGAAGUACGAGGCGGACAGCAACAUCGACACGGCGGACCUCAGGGACCUGCAGUCCGAGAUCACCCAGGUGAGCCAGAUGAUGGAGGAAAUGGAGAUGAAGGUGCAGGUGGCGCCGUGGGCCGUCGAGGCGAAGCAGGAGGCAGGAGCGGAACUCAAGUCCAACAUGAGCGUGGGAAAUUCCUCCGUGGGUGUCAUCUCCAUCUGCGAAGAGGAGCCGAAAGAAGAAGAAAGUGGAGGCAACAGGGAUGCUGGUUUUGCGUCGAUCUGCGCCGUGGUUGGAUUCUUUGUCAUCGUUACUGUCGCUGUAGUUCUAGGAUAUUUGGUCGUCAACAUGUCCUGA